UUUUUUCGUGUCCCAAAAACGGAUUUUUGGCAGAAAUGUCAGCAAAAAAUAUAUGUACAUCCAAGGAAUUCACAAUGUGCGACUCAGAAAACGGCCUGAAUUCGUUAAUAAAAGUGGUUUUUGAAAAAUAAAGAGAAUAAAUGAAAAAUAUAGAAUACAUUAUGUAUUACUAGUUUUUCAUUUAGACGUCACAACUGUAUCAAAUUUCUUCACUGCAACAGCCCACGUAAAAGUUGUCUGCAUGCUCAAUUUUAAAAGCAAUAAUGGCGAUUGGUAUCGGAUCCAGUCGAGUUGCACAAAACUUGGGUCGCUUCAAACUGGUAACUUUCGAUGUUACGGAUACACUUUUAAAGUUCUCUCGUCCGCCUGAAGUCCAGUAUGCCAUGGCAGCCAGAUUGAAUGGCUGCACAGGUAUAAACGAGCAAGCAUUAGCCGAAUGCUUCAGAACUCAUUUCAAACGGAUGGCUCGCAACUAUCCUAAUUUUGGCAAAUCUUCCGGUUUUGAUUGGCGCUGGUGGUGGCGAUCCCUAGUGAUGGACAUAUUCCGUGAUUCACAUACCCACAUCGACGAGACAAUGUUACGUCGCGUAGCUGACCAGCUUAUAGAAAACUAUAAAACGAAAGACUGUUGGACCAAAGUUUCAUUGGCUAAUGAAAUUGUGGAAAUUGCGAAAGCAUGCCAAAAACACGUAGGAAUAAUAUCCAACUUUGAUCCACGACUGGGCGAUAUUCUGGAAGCAAUGGCUUUGCCAAAAGUAGAUUUCGUUCUUACCAGUUACGACGCUGACAGUCAAAAGCCGUGCUGUCGAAUAUUUGAUCUCGCUUUAAGUAAGUGCAAUACUCACGUGCUUCCUAAUGAAGCACUGCACAUUGGGAAUACACCCAAAUUAGAUUACAUGGAGUCAAAAAGUGCAGGUUGGUCCAGUGCGCUGGUAAAUGUAACGCUAGAAGCAGAACGGGAAAUUUCCUUGAACUCAGAAAUUAAUCCAAAGCAUGUAUUCAAAAAUUUUGACGAGUUUAUUCACGUAUUAGAGUCGACAGAAGUCGCGUGGUAAUUGUACAGAUAGAUAAUUUAUAAUUUAGGUGAAAUUGUUUUGUUCUAGAGUGUAAAUAAUAAAUUAGUGUUUCCUAACAAAAAGCUUGAUUACUAGUUAUGUUAGAUUUCCACAUGGUUGGCUAUAGAGGUAUAACGCCACUAAGUAACAACAAAAUAUUAAAUUGCAUUCAUUCUACCAACAUUUAUUCUUGUUUUAAAGUUAUUGACACCAUCAGCAUCUAAAAAGUGUGAGCAUUUCGACAUAUUCCACAUCCAAGAGCAAAUUCCUCUCCCGUGGGCGGAUGAAUUACGUGUAAAGGACAUUCUUCACCAAUGAGCUGCUUUGCUUUUGGUCCAGCGGGACACUUGGGCAGUUUAUUUUUUGGAAUGUUCGUCAAUCGUUGAAAGUCGUCAUGGCAGGUGUCACAAAAAUGAGUUGUUCCAAAGCAAAAAAACACAGCCACUGAGCAGCAGUAACGGCACUUGUAUUCUAGGAAAUCUGUUCCAUGUUUAGGGCACAUCUAAGAACAAAAAUGUAAACUAUGGGUUACAGUUUUUUUUACAUUGCCGAGAUAGUACCUUUGCUUUUACUACGUCACUGCAGCCUCCACAAACCAACUCCUGUGGAUUAUAGUUUUCACCGAGUUCUGCGUCGCACCGCGCCUCGCCACCAUAAUAAGCCUAGCCGAAAACAAAAAUUUACAUGUUGGUACAAAUAAUAUGCUAGUUACAACGAACUUCAUAAAUCAACGAU